CUGAAUUCCCCACCAGUAUGAUACCAAUGUGUCAUAAUUAUGCAUGAUAGAAGAUUAUGAGGGAAAUGUAUCCAUCUCUCUUCGGACCCCCAAAGUGACUCUUACACAUGGUACGAGUACUUGAUCAUAUAGUUGGUAGAUUCAAGUAUGAUAUCAUGCUUGAGUACAGGUACCGGUAUUCGUGAACCACCUGUAUCUGGUAACCCUACCGUAGUCCCAUAACUGCAUCGCACUUGAGGCCCGUCCGAAGAGCUUCAGCUCUGGACAACGUCGCCUGUACCACCACCAUCCAUCCCUCUCCACAAGCCAUCCCUCACUUGAGCACAAUAUUAUACUGUACCCUCCUGCUUCCUCCCGAAAAACUUCUCCUUACAGAAAAAUAGUUCACCAAGACCUCCAGAAUACUGUAACCUACACCAUACACGCACAAUGCCAACGAAAAAGAACCUCUCCUCCACCUCCUCCACCUCCGCACCAACUGCCCCAGCAUCAGCAGCUCUCUCCUCCUCAUCACCAGCCCCGAAAUCCCACACCUCACAUAAUGCUCUCUCGGACCCGCUCUCGAUCCUCGGAGACAUCUUCAGCAACUACUCUCAGAGCACCCCCCAGCGCACGAAACUGAUUGACGCGUUUUUGGGAUUCCUGGUGGUCAUGGGUGUGCUGCAGUUCGUUUAUUGCGUUGUCGCUGGGAAUUACCCCUUCAAUGCUUUCCUAGCUGGAUUCUCCGCCACUGUGGGGCAGUUCGUGUUGACUGCUUCUCUACGUAUACAAUCUAACCCCGCGAAUAAGUCCGAGUUUUCCAGUGUUUCCCCCGAGCGAGCGUUUGCGGAUUAUGUCUUUUGUAGUGUUAUCUUGCACCUUUUUUGUACAAACUUUAUCAAUUAGGAGGUGGUUGAUCGCAUUCGGACGGUGAAGGGAGGGGGGGGCAAGGAGUGGUUUGUACUGUGUUGAUGUUGUUCAAAAAUCGCAGGAAAUAAACUGUUGCGAGUCGAUAUCGUAGUGCUUCAUAUGAUGGUGGUCAUAGGAUCUCGUAGGGGAAAACAAAAAGUCAUUUCCGAGCACAUUGUGCCCGUGAUUACUACUUGCACAGUACCGGUACCAUAUGGUAACUUUCACGAGCCUAUCAAGAGUUGUGCUCCACCACAAA